AUGGCGGACAUGACAGCGCCCAUCGUCCUGCUGAGCGAGCAGCAACAACAGUGGCUCGACAGUGCUACCGAGAACCACUGGCUCCGGCGCAUCGACUUUCAGGAGAUCUCUCAUCUGCAAAUGGGUGUCGCCAGUGGAGGCUUUGGAAUCGUCCACGCCGGCAAGUGGCGAGGCAUGCCAGUCGCCAUCAAGGUCCUCUUCUCCCUCGCCGACUUUAUCCAAGAGGUCCAGAUUCAUCGAGCAGUUCAGGACUUUGAGAACGUUGUCAAGUUCUUUGGUGUUACACGGAUGCGAGGCAAUGGCGACUAUGGCAUGGUCUUGCAGUUUGCUGGCCGAGGAAGUCUGCGCGACUACCUAUCCAAGCAUUUUGACAAGCUCGACUGGACCAAGAAACUGCGUCUCGCCAGGGAUGUAGCCUCAGGAAUCAACUUUAUCCAUCUGGAAAACAUCUGCCACCACGAUCUGCACUCAAGGAACGUCUUGAUCGACGACAAGGGAAAAGCUCUCAUCACAGACUUUGGUCUCUCGCGCUACCUCAACAAGGAACUCUCCAACAACGGCGUUCGAGGAGUGGUUCCAUAUAUCUCACCCGAACGUCUCAAGAACGCACCCUUUGACAAAAGCUCAGAUAUUUACAGCUUGGGCGUCAUCAUGUGGGAAUUGACUUCAGGAUACCCGCCCUUUGACCGUGAUGGCGAAAACUAUAUGCUGGCCUUUCACAUCACGACUGGAACGCGAGAGAAGGUCAUCCCAGGAACGCCAGUCGAAUACUCGGAGCUGUAUCAAAAAUGCUGGGAUGGGGAGCCCUCCAACCGGCCGCCUCUCUCAAUCAUUUUGGACACCCUUGACAAUCUACUCGCCAAUCGCACCAACGGAGGAGGGAGUAGUCCCAAUGACGGAUCAAGUCGGCGUCUGGAAGACUCUCAUGGACCUCCUCACUCGCUGCCAACGGCGACACAGACAGCCGUGGUAUCAUAUGAACCUCUACGCAAAUCUGCUCCGAUUACCUCCAAGCUUCCAGCCAUCGAGACGACGUUUGAAGGCCAGCCUUCAAAGCCGGUCGCUAAUAUAUCGCCUUUGGUACCCAAACAUAACUUAUCACGGAACCACCCUGUCAUCGCGACCAACACAGAUACUGGCAAUACUGUCGACGUUGUUGAUCGUAUGCAAGGUUUGCGAGUGGACGAUACAACCGAGAGACCAGCUGGGCCGCCCAUCACACCAGCCCGCCCUGUGUGGAUGCAAACUCCAGGAACACCCAACGGAGGCAUGGGCACUCGCCACAUUCACCCAACCUCGCCCAAACAGCCUAUCACACCACCCCAACAAAGCCCUGUCAAGACUGCUCCACGAGUGGGUCAUCCUCUGAAUGACCCUUCAGGCGUUCGUCACAGCCCCAAGAAUGCCAACGUUUCGCCCACAAUCCCAGAAAUGGGAGGAGGGGGUUUGGAGAGUAUGGCAGAAAUGGGAAGCCCGUCAGUUAUGCCUUUGGGAUCACCCCCUAUGCAACAGCAGCGUCUUCAUCAAUUUUAUCCCCAGCAACAGCAGCAGCAACAGCAGCAUCAGCAACAACAGUUGCAAGGAUUUCACAUCAAUCAAUUUCAGCAUCCUUUUCCUCAGCCCUAUCCACCUCAACCUAUGUAUCCGCCUCAACAGCAUCAGCAACAGCAGCAACAGCAACAACAGCAACAACAUCAGCAACAAUACCCACAUGCGUAUCCACCCUAUCCGUACCCCAGCAAUGGGCAUGCUCGACCGGCUCUUCCAGACCUAUCAGCUUAUCCAGGAUAUGGGCAGGCAAAUAUCCCAUUCCAUGGAUAUCAACAAGCCUCCAUUCCUGCCACGACAUCCGCACGUCCGAUCACCGCUAGCUCGAGUGGUCGUGUCACAAGCAACAACAGUAACAACAACUGGAUUCCUCUGGAUGGCAAGACAAGGAUUCGGGAGUUCUUCAUGGCGACUUUGAGGAAAAGCUUCGACGCCAUUCAGUGGCAUCUGGAUCACGGAGCCGAUGUGAUGGAGCGAUAUGAUAUUAUGUCGGGAAGGACCCCAUUGCAUGCGGCAGCGAUGAGCGGCAGUUUGGAGGUGAUGAAGCUCCUCUGUGAGGCAGCUGGAUCGAGAUUGAAUCUGAAUGAGGAAGACGACAGCGGGCAGACGCCGCUGCAUCUGAUGACGCAUUAUGGAACGAACGAUUCGUUUCCUGUGUUGGACUAUAUGUUGGAGAAGGAGGCGAACCCAAACGCGCAGGAUAGCGAGAGACGUACACCGCUCAUGACGGCGCUGACUCUGAACGACAAUGGACAGCUUGUGGAGACGUUAUUGGAUUAUGGAGCGGAUCCUACGAUCAUGUACCUCAACAACAAUGCCCUGGCCGAGGCGGCCAUUCGCCUACGAUAUGAGUGUGUCAAGGUUCUCCUUGAGACCGACUUGAGCAUGUCGGAGCCCCAGUCGUUGGAUCAUGCGAUUGAUGGGUGCUACAGGUUGACGGACACAAAGAACCAGAACCGUGGAUUGAUUUUGAACCUUCUGGUCCGGUGGCGGAACAACGCUGAGGGAGUCCAGCGACGAAGGACGUUGGCAACGCUGAUUGCAGCGAGGAGUAUGCAGUUGGGACCUCGUCGAAUCAACCGACAACGGUUGGCGAGACAGGUGCUGGAGAGCACUGAGAGUAUGGUCCAUAACCAGGCACGCAUUACUUAA